AUGUUAUGUGCGCUUCCUUUUGUCCGGCCCAACGUGGUGAGUAGGAGGAGUUCAGGCAGGUGUUUAUAAUAACUUGAGGUCGGUUUAAGAUGUGAUCAUUGAAGCGUUGGCACAGAUUCAGCAAUAUGGGGAACAUGAUCAUCAACCAUGGACUUACAUCCUUCAUACUGGUUGUUUGGAUGAGCAUCAACAUUUUCCUCUUCGUCUGGUUUUACUUUUUCUACGAUUUGGGAGAUCAAUUUUACUACACGCGACACCUCCUCGGCUCCGCCCUGGCCUGGGCCAGAGCCCCUGCUGCCGUGCUCAACUUCAACUGUCUGCUCAUUCUACUGCCGGUGUGUCGCAACCUGCUGUCCCUGAUCCGGGGCUCCUUUAUGUGCUGUGGACGAACAAUGAGGAAACAGCUUGACAAAAACAUAAGCUUCCAUAAAUUGGUCGCCUAUAUGAUUGGCCUGAUGACAGCCGUCCACACCAUCGCCCACCUCCUGAACGUGGAGUGGUACAACAACAGCAGGCGCAGAAUGUACGACCCACUUAGCACAGCGCUGUCUGAUCUGCCGGACGGUAACAACACCACCUACCUGAACCCCAUCCGCAACAUUGACGUGAACGCGCAGCAGAACCCCACCUACUUCGCCAUGACCAGCCUGGCGGGAAUUACCGGCGUCAUCAUCACGCUCUGCCUCAUCCUCAUCAUCACCUCGUCCAUGGAGGUCAUCCGCCGGUCCUACUUCGAGGUCUUCUGGUACACACACCACCUCUUCGUCAUCUUCUUCAUCGGCCUGGUCAUCCACGGAGCAGGACGCAUCGUGAGGAGUCAGAAGAAUUUGGUAGAGCACAACUACACGCUCUGUAAGGACCGCAUUGAGAGCUGGGGGAAGGUCGCUGAGUGUCCUUACCCUCAGUUCGCUGGAGGUGAACCUGGGACGUGGAAGUGGGUGAUCGGUCCGAUGUUUCUGUAUCUGUGCGAGCGCAUUCUACGCUUCAUCCGCUACACGCAGACGGUCAAAUACAGGAAGAUUGUGAUCAGACCGUCCAAGGUGCUAGAGCUGCAGUUGGUGAAAGCUGGUUUCAAGAUGGAGGUGGGCCAAUACGUCUUCCUCAACUGCCCCGCCAUCUCCCAUCUCGAGUGGCAUCCGUUCACCAUGACCUCUGCCCCCGAAGAGGACUUCUUCAGCGUCCACAUUCGCUCGGUGGGUGACUGGACACAGAAGCUCAUCAGUAUGGUGGAAGAGCUGCCUGAGGGGACACAGGGACCCAGAAUGGGCGUUGACGGUCCCUUCGGCACAGCCAGUGAAGACGUGUUUGACUAUGAGGUCAGCAUGCUGGUCGGAGCAGGCAUCGGGGUGACCCCCUUCGCGUCAAUCCUCAAGUCCAUCUGGUACAAAUUCAAGGAUUCCGACCCCAAGUUGCGCACUCGAAAGAUCUACUUUUACUGGUUGUGCCGGGAAACCCAUGCCUUCGAGUGGUUUGCAGAUCUUCUACAGGUGCUAGAGAAGGAGAUGGAAGAGAGAGGAAUGGGGGAUUUCCUCACCUACAAACUCUUCCUGACUGGAUGGGAUCAGAGCCAUACUGAUCAUGUAAUGGUUCGUUUUGACGAGGACACAGACGUUGUGACUGGACUCAAGCAAAAAACUAAUUACGGAAGACCCAACUGGGAGAAAGAGUUUGAGCAAGUUCGUAAAGAGAAUCCGUCAUCUACUGUAGGAACCUUCUUGUGUGGCCCAGCAGUCUUAGCCAAGGUGUUGGAGAAGAAAUGUGCCAAAUACUCAGACGUGGAUCCUCGCAAGACUCGAUUUUACUUCAACAAAGAGAAUUUCUAGACGUGGGUUCCCCUUGGUGAGUGAUGACCGUCAAGGCACCGAACGAUGAAGGCCUGAAUAUCUAUCAGACCUGAAGAACCAUCCUCACAUGCAACCAUUUUGGAUCCUGCCUCUAUCCACAGACCUGAACUGAUAGUAACUAAAACAAACUAGUUUCUAUAACAAAAGCUUUGGGUUGGAUUGGAAGUUCCUGGAUGGCUCGGGGCAAGGGCCAGUUCCUUCCAGUUACAUUGGUGUGAAUCAUGGCUGGUUAGUCAAACUCCAGUCAAAUGUAAAACUGUAUGCAUAUCUUUCCUUCAAUUCUCAACCGUUCAACUUUACGCUUGGAAAGUGUAAUGCUGGGGAUGCAAGGAAGUGCAAUGUCGAGUGUGAAGUUGGGUGGUUCUUGAUAAAGCCGCAAGCAGCCCUAGCCAGGCAAUCGAUUGUUCCAAAAAUGCAUGUUAUGAAUGGGCACUGCAGUAGUUAAGGAGAAUAUUGAAAGGGGAACUGGCUGUUACCAAAUACAUGAUUGACCUUUAUUACCUGAUGAAUUACCUUGACACGGAUGUCUUAAUGUACUGAAUUUUAUUUUUCUUCUACUUGCCAUUCUUAAACAUAACCUCACCUAUUUCAUUAAAUCUCUAAUGAAUCAGUGUGUCUUAUACAUAACAUGCUUAAAAAUGUACUGUAACAGCCUUGUGUUUAGAAUGUUUUAAUAAAUAUCUUUCAUAUUA